AUGGAUGGAGAUGUUUAUAUUCGGCGAUUGGUACAGUAUAUACGUGCAAAUGAACCAUCAUUGGCGUGUGCUAUGGAAUGUUCAAUGCGUCGAAAUGAGUAUAAUGACAAAAGGAUAUCUAUUUUGAAAGGACUUUAUCAUUGGGUAAAUGAAGGAGUAGCAUGGCAAUCGAAUACUUUGUGUUUGACGCCUCAUUAUUUGUUUUAUGUGUUUUCACGGUUUAAUGAGAUGGAGUUGCCAACAGGACCGAUGAAUGUGCGUCUAGAGACGCUGGUUAAUGCAGGAGAGCCUGGGAAUUAUGUGUCAUUUCUUCGUGAUUAUGCAAAUGGGGCAAAAAAAGUGGAUAUGAGUGAUACAAGGUCUAUUAGGAGUGUAAGUUCAAUUCGGAGUGUGGUUAAGGGAGUAUCGAAUCUCUGGGGGCGUCUGAGUGCUGGAUGGAAGCUUUCUCCAAAAGAGAGGAUGUAUGAGCAUGUCCGGUCUGAUAUUGUAUAUCUUUAUUCGUCAUUUACGAAGUUACCUUCGCUUAAAGUAUUGCCAUCGUCCAACUUUCAGAUGAUUGAUGGAUAUGAGGAAUUUCCGUUUGAUACGGCAAUUCCUUUGUCAGUUUUUAAGAAUCUUAAGAGUCUGGAGAUACAAGAUAUUGAAAUUGGACGGUUUUAUGGAUGGGAUAGAGUUGCGGAUAAUUUGUGUUUUUUGACACUUAAAGGAUGCGGGAUACGCGAUGCUUCUGACCUAAUUAUUGAUAUCGUGCUGGAUAAUAUCGAGAAGCGUAAGAAAAUGAGGAUUCGUAAAAGUAAUUCGCUUCCUUCAGCUCCUCGAACUAAAUUACUCGAACCGGGCCAGUCAAUGUCAGAAAUUCAAAUAUCUAAUUCUUCAAGGGUUGUUUCUUCAUCUAUAGAUUCCAAAAAGGCUUCAUCUCAUACUAGGAAAUUUUCAUCUCCUUUACACAGUAAUUCUGAGGGACAGCGUCGUAUACAGAAAUCUGAUGUAUCGUCCAAUGAAUCUUGUGGAUCCGCUAGUUCGUCUACUGCAAUUCAAUCUCAUUCAACGAUUCUUUCUUUAAGGAAAUGGCGCUUUCUCAAGUAUUUAUCUUUGUCUAAUAAUUCAUUAACUAUGUUGUCAUUUUUUGCAAUGAUUCCCAUUUCGCAAUCUUUGAUUUCUUUGAAUAUUUCUCACAAUAUGUUUGUUGAAAUUCCAUAUUCUUUAUCAGUACUUUCUUCUUUGAAGUCUUUAAAUAUUUCUCAUAACAGGAUUGAAUCAUUGCAUUCAUUAACGCUGCAUCCUCUUUUAGCAAUAAGGACUAUUGAUAUAAGGUCUAAUCGUUUGCAGUCUCUGGCUGGAAUUGAGAAAUUAACAUCUCUUGAAAGAUUGGAUAUCAGAGACAAUCUUAUAUCAGAUCCAAUGGAAAUUUCAAGACUGGUUAAUGCUUCAAAUUUUAAACAAAUAUGGGUAGCAGGUAAUCCUUUUACUCAGAAGCAUUUUCCAACAUAUCGAAUUACUAUAUUCAAUUUAUUUCGGACUAUGUCUAACCAUACCUUUGAUAUUCUUAUUGAUGGACAAGGCCCAGGGAUUAUGGAAAGACGUAGAUUAUUUGAAAAGGUUCGUAAGCGUAAACAGCCCUUAACUGAUUCUGAAAAAACGUCCCUUUACUCAUCUGAUGCUGAUUGCAAAAUUAUUACUUCAGAGCAAAAUAUUGUUGAAAUUUCAUCAAUGGAUAGGAAAAAUCAGAUUGGAAAGACAAGAAUUGUUGAUAUUGGGUUUCUAGAGCAUGAAUAA